AUGAGCGGAAGAGGCAAAACCGGCGGCAAAGCAAGAGCCAAGGCGAAGACCCGAUCCUCCCGUGCCGGGCUUCAGUUCCCCGUCGGCCGUGUCCACAGACUGCUACGCAAAGGCAACUAUGCUGAGCGUGUUGGUGCCGGCGCCCCCGUUUACCUGGCGGCCGUGCUGGAGUACCUGACCGCUGAGAUCCUCGAGCUGGCUGGAAACGCCGCCCGGGAUAACAAGAAGACCCGUAUUAUCCCCCGACACUUGCAGCUGGCUGUCCGUAACGACGAGGAACUGAACAAGCUGUUGGGCGGCGUGACUAUCGCUCAGGGAGGAGUGCUGCCCAACAUCCAGGCUGUGCUGCUGCCCAAGAAGACCGAGAAGCCCGCCAAGAAGUAAAGAUCCUCGCCGGCCUGGGAGACAAAACAACGGCUCUUUUAAGAGCCACUCACUACCACAAAGAGUUAACCUGUUUCUCGAUGUGCUUUAUCUUUUACAUAGACCACGGACCCCAUCGCUCCUCUUUUAGUAUCUGUUCAUGUAGAUAUUAUGUACUAUGAGGAUGUUGAUUUAGGGGAAAUAUAAAAACCAAACAGCCAAAUUGAGGGGUCUCUCCUUCAUCUAAAACACUUUGUGUCCCUUUACCUCCGAAUUAGGGUAAUACCUAAUACAGCGGGCUUCUUUACCGGGGCCCACUAACUGACAUCCAAAAGUGGGUCGCGGACACGUUCUGGAUGGGUCACGAACAGCUGGUCAAAGUAAAUAUUUAAUAGUUCAAAAAUUUCUGUAUAAACAACUUCAGUAGUUGUCAUCCUCAUGUUGUCCCCUUCAUGUGCUCUGAAAUGCACUUUACUCAAUAAAACAAGUUGAUUUAUGUUAAAGUGUGAUAUAGAGUUUUUUUAAAAUUAAGAUUAAUGAGUUUGAUUUGAAUUCCAUAAAAGUAGGUCGCAACUUAAGGAACAUAGGAAAAUGUGGGUCCAAGAGUGAAAACCACUGCUAUACUACUGGUAUCUUUUACUUGAGCUGUAAAAGACAAGGGUCCAGCAGAGAGUUGUGCUCUGAAUGUUCCAGAAAGUUAAAGGAAAAGAUGUCUCUGAAUGUUCAUAUACUUCACCAUAAGUAAGAAUACGUCUGAAUAUUCAACCAUUUCAAGCAAACACAUCCCAUGACAGACACGUUCAGACUAUAUUGAUAAAGAGAAUUCUUCACAAAGCCACAUACGGCACUUGCUACCACAAUGCAUUAACAGGAUGUAAAAUAUGUUUGACGCACAAAUAUUUUAGAAACUUGUAAAAGGGGAAAAGAAAUACUACAAAAGCAUCAGACAAAGCACAGAACUAGUUACAUAAUACGACCCGCCUGUAAUAAUCAUUUUGUUCAACUUUUGUUCUAAAAACGUAGUGUGAUUGUGGGAGACUUAACGACUUUUUAGGUUAGUUAGUUUGUUUGUUUUAAAUAGUGCAGCUGCACAAGAGUGAAUAUCAGUCGUGAGUGGAAAGGAAUAGACAGGCCUCCUUUAGGAGAAGAAACCUUUGUCUACCAGAGGAGGUCGCUAAAACACCAAGAGGAUAAUGAAAACCUGUGCUGCCUCUGUGCUCUAAUACGUCCUCAGCACAGAGCUCUAAAGAGGACGUAAAGGGAAACACCAAGCCCGCCUCGGAGGUGGGGGGAGGCAAACUAGAUCCUCAACAGACCAAAUCUUAGGCUCUUUUCAAAGUCACCACCAACCAAAUAAAGAGUGAAUUUCCUAUUUAUUACACACACAAAAUAGCGGUGAAGUAAGUGUAUUACAGUUUAUUUUCAAUCGCUUGCCAUUCUUAAGUUCCUUUUCUUAAUUCUUAACACAGACUCACCCCUACAAAACACAAUUAUCUUCUCAAAAGCAGAUUUUGUUUUAUAGAUACUCACUCUACAUUUCAAAAUAGAACACAUCUUCUCUGCGCACACUAACUUUACCAAAAUUAAAUUAUUCUGUCAGAGAAUUACACUUGUUUUUACUUCACAAGGUACAUGCAGUCAAUCAAAGUACACCAGAGUUCAAAAUAUUGGCUAUUGCUGACAUUACAAAAACUGCAUAGACUUAGCAGUGAGCCCUAAUAAAGAAGGAGUAAAGGUCAAACCUCUUUAUGAAGUGCAUGAUGGCCAUCCAUCAGCCUGGACAAUUGAUCUGACAUGCAUGUGUGGAUUAAAAACACAAAUGUUGGCACUGUGUGCCUGCAUUGUUAUCCAUUCAGAUACACACUUGGAAAAAGUCACACAUUAAAAGGUUCACACUUACGUUUUUGCAGGGACAACAGAGCUGACGGAAAAAUUCAUCCGGCUCCCUGGGUAGAGGGAGCACCUCUUCACCGGAGCCAAAAAUUCAGCUGCUGCUGGAUGGCGGUAAGGAACACCAAAUGCUCAAGAAGUUAUAUCUGCCCGUAGCAUGUUAAAUUAUAGGUCAUGUGACUGAUUAUGAAUCUUUGCGCACUGUGAAUGUGACAUCAUUAACCUUUUGUGUCACUUCUCUUUGUGACAAGAGCUGCACUGUCAGAGCUCCAGCUUUUAGAUCAGGUGACCCCCCCUGCAGGCAAAGAGGAGGUGGGAGAAUUUAAAAAGAAAAAAUAAAGUAUGUGAAGGUUUUUAUGAUGCUGCUUAACGUUGAACAUUGGGUCAUGAAGAAUGUGUUGGUUUCCCCCCCUGCAAGUUAUUAAACAGUUUUUCUUUUUCUCAGGCAUGCAAAGAGCCUCCCACAAGGGCUGGGGCAGGGGGGCCCUGGUUCAUCCUCAUGGAUGAGAUGCUGGGGCAGAGGCCAUCAAUAAACCCCCCAGUACUGUCCAUGUAGAUUCUCAUUCAUCCAGGUCAUGGUUAUCUUGAAGGCUUAAAAACAGGCAACUGGACUGUGUAGAGUUAAGAAGACGUUUCGCCUCUUAUCCAAGAAGCUUCUUCAGUUCUAAAAGUGCUAGUGUCAGGAGCAGAUAUUUAUCUUACUGGAGAAGGGGGACAGUAACGACUGGGAGGAGUUGAAAAGAAUGGGUCGUAGAAACCCAUCUCUCGGUGUGUCCCCCCCAAGUCGUUAUCCUGAAAGGGUCGUUAGCGACUCCUAUCAUGUGACCACAUGACUCAUGCCACCUGAGUCAUGUGGUUCCAGGUGUGAAUGUUUGUGGAGCUUUCUGGGGAGAGAGCUGAGAACUGCAUUGUAAGUGCCAGAGAGAUUGUGCCUGAGUCCACCCCCUCUGUUCAGAGAAGGUUUCUCCAGCCUGGUAAAGAUGGCUUCUUUAACUCCUCUUUCAAACCAUCUGUCUUCUCGAGCCAACACCUGUACAUCGCUGUCCUCAAAAGAGUGACCUGUAUCCUUCAAGUGAAGGUGGACAGCUGAGUCCUGACCUGAGGAAGUGGCUCUCCUGUGUUGAGCCAUGCGCUUGUGAAGCGGUUGUUUAGUUUCCCCAAUGUACAGGUCUGAGCAUUCCUCGCUGCACUGGACAGCAUAUACCACAUUACUCUGUUUAUGUCUCGGAGAGAAAACUUGCAGGAAGAUGGCGGAUUACAGAAACCACCUCCGCUUCAACCUAAGAUGCAGACAGCAAGGACUUGUUCCCAAAAGCCUACGCUUGUUUUCCACCGUUAAAGGGCACAGAGCAGACAGUAUCCUUUGCAGGACACAGAAGCAGCUCCUCAAUGAAAGGAUUAGGCAGGUUAACUUCACCAUCGAGGCUUUACAAGAUAAAAUAUAUCACACCAAGGAGACACUGGCAUCCCGACUUCCAGAGGACAUCCUCAACAAAGUCCACAACUUUGUUGACAAGGCUCAGAACUCUCAACACAACAAAGGCAAGAUAAGGCAAACACAGAAAUUUGACAGACUGCUCUCCAAGCACUCAAGAAGUCCAUCAGAACUUGGUUGGAGGGACAAAACGGACAGCCACAUAGAUACCAACAUGCAAGAAAAGUGGGUGAAGAAUCUGUCAGACAGGGUCCUCACUCAGCCGGAAAAGGAAGUCCUUUACAAAGGACUUAAUUUUGCAGUUACCCCUGAACAGAUCCCGGUGGUAGACCUUAUCACAGCCACGGAGUCAGCGAUCCGCAACAACAAUCUGGCGGUCACGGAGGCAGAACAACUUAGGCUGAAGGUAACAGCUGCUCUCUCAAAUGCCAAAACACCUCCUUCCAACUUGACCAUGCAGGAAAGAAGAGCCUUGGCAUCACUGCAAAAAGAUGAAAACAUCACCAUCCUGCCUGCAGAUAAGGGGAGAUGCACUGUGGUACUCAACACCAGGGAUUACCAUGACAAGGUAACAAGCCUUCUCAGUGACACUGCCACCUAUGAAACUCUUAAACGGGAUCCCACCAACAGCUACAAAAAGAAAGUUAUCAGUGCACUUCAACAGCUCGAAAAGGAUGGAGUUAUCGACCGCCCACUCUAUUACCGACUGUACCCAGGGGAAGCUGUCCCGUGCAUUUAUGGAUUACCAAAAAUACACAAGGAAGGGGCGCCCCUUAGACCUAUCAUCAGCAGCAUUAACUCAGUCACAUACAAAGUGGCAAAACAUUUGGCCACCAUCCUAGCUCCUCUUGUCGGCCACACCCCUCACCACGUCAGAAACUCACAGGACUUUGCUGAGAAAAUCAAGGACAUCAGGUUGGACCCAGAUGAAACCAUGGUUUCCUAUGAUGUCACAUCACUUUUCACAAGUAUUCCAACAACAGAGGCAGUCCAAGCAGUAAGACAACGCCUCUCACAGGACAGCACACUGGAAGUCAGAACCAACUUAACUCCGGACCACAUCUGCUCCUUAUUGGACAUCUGCCUCAGCACCACCUACUUCCAGUUCAGAGAGCGCCAUUACAGACAGAAACACGGAUGCGCGAUGGGCUCCCCGGUUUCUCCUAUAGUGGCAAACCUGUACAUGGAAGAGGUAGAGAGGAAGGCCCUAACCUCUUUCAAGGGAGCUGCUCCUAGCCACUGGUUCAGAUAUGUGGAUGACACCUGGGUUAAGAUCAAAACACACGAAGUAGAGGCCUUCACUGACCAUAUCAACACAGUGGACAGCAACAUCAAGUUCACCCGUGAAGAUGUCAAGGACAAAGUGUUGGCCUUUUUGGACUGUGCUGUACACUUGGAGGCAGAUGGGUGGCUCAACGUUGAAGUGUACAGGAAACCAACACACACGGAUCAAUAUCUACUUUUUGAUUCCCACCAUCCUCUGCAACACAAACUGGGUGUCAUCAGAACACUCAACCACCGGGCCGAGAACAUUCCCACGAAGAAAGAAGGUAAGGAAAAGGAACAAAAGCACGUCAAAAAUGCCCUGACAACCUGUGGAUACCCUAAGUGGGCCUUUGUGAAGAACAGAAAGAGAAAUAACACUGAACAGGAAAGGGAGGAGAGACGCAAGAGCACUGUAAUCCCUUACGUUGCAGGCCUGUCUGAGAAACUCAAGAGGAUCUUUGGCAAACACCACAUUCCUGUUCAUUUCAAGCCUGGUAACACACUAAGGCAGAGGCUAGUCCAUCCCAAGGACAAAACACCGAGACAUAAACAGAGUAAUGUGGUAUAUGCUGUCCAGUGCAGCGAGGAAUGCUCAGACCUGUACAUUGGGGAAACUAAACAACCGCUUCACAAGCGCAUGGCUCAACACAGGAGAGCCACUUCCUCAGGUCAGGACUCAGCUGUCCACCUUCACUUGAAGGAUACAGGUCACUCUUUUGAGGACAGCGAUGUACAGGUGUUGGCUCGAGAAGACAGAUGGUUUGAAAGAGGAGUUAAAGAAGCCAUCUUUACCAGGCUGGAGAAACCUUCUCUGAACAGAGGGGGCACAAUCUCUCUGGCACUUACAAUGCAGUUCUCAGCUCUCUCCCCAGAAAGCUCCACAAACAUUCACACCUGGAACCACAUGACUCAGGUGGCAUGAGUCAUGUGGUCACAUGAUAGGAGUCGCUAACGACCCUUUCAGGAUAACGACUUGGGGGGGACACACCGAGAGAUGGGUUUCUACGACCCAUUCUUUUCAACUCCUCCCAGUCGUUACUGUCCCCCUUCUCCAGUAAGAUAAAUAUCUGCUCCUGACACUAGCACUUUUAGAACUGAAGAAGCUUCUUGGAUAAGAGGCGAAACGUCUUCUUAACUCUACACAGUCCAGUUGCCUGUUUUUAAGCCUUCAAGAAAACCCCCCAGUACUCAUUGCCUCACUUCCAGAGGAAGGCGGUGGCAGCAGCAGCAGCAGCAGGAGGUGGAGCAGGAGGAGGAGGAGGAGAAGGAGGAAUAAGAAUAAGAAGAAGUAGAAGAGGAGGAGGACGAGGAGGAAGAGGAAGAAGAAGAAGAAGAGGAGGAUAAGGACACGGACACGGAACUACAACCUCGACCAAGGGGGAGGAAAAGGAGGAUCCGAUCCGCUCCUGGCUCUGCUAAGAGAGGAGAUUCGACACCAGCGACAAGCUGAGGCCAGAAGCCAGGAGCGGAUGGACCAGAUGCUGGCCUUACUCGAAAAAAUUGUGGACCGCAAUUGAGUUGAUUUCUGUUUAUUUUACUAUUAUAUUCACACUUAUUUUUGUGAAGAAUUUUUAAUUUUACAUUAAUAAUGACAUUUAAUAUAUUAAAGAAUUUUAAGUUGCUUACACCGUCUCCAGUCUAUUCAUAUGUCCCUCCAUAUGUUUUGGCAACAGGGUGGCCAGAUAGCAUCUGGUGCAUCCUCACAUAAUAAAGGUUUCAGAGUUUUCAUUUGAGUUAUAUCUUUUUAUUAAAGGGUGAGGAAAAUGAAAAUGGAAUAGAAUACUGAGGUCAACGACAUACAAACUAGAAAAGCACUCAGAGAGCGCAGACCUCCACCAAGCAGCUCAUGUUCCCCCUUAUAUUGUGAUUUACACCAAAACGUUUACUGUAAUGUGUCUUUUAUUAACUUUUAUUUGUGUUUAAACUGUUAUGUUCACUGUUCAUAAUGUUCCUAAAACAACAAAGCUCAUGUUUGAUAAAAAAAAUUUCAGGUCAAUCCGUCUGUAACUUUCUCCGUAAAGUUGCUAACAGACAAACGAACAAAAAAAAACCAACCAACGCUACCAAAAACAUAACCUCCUUGGCAGAGGUAAAAAUUGGCAAAAUGCUAAAUCAAACAGGCACCAUUGUAUAAACAGAACUUAAGAAACUUAGGAAAUUUAGGCUAUUGCCUGCCCAGUCAUGGUGCCUCCUCUUCUCCAGGCUGAGCAGGAGUCUCUGGCAGUGCUGCUGGGCUGGAUGGGACACCACAAUAGAGACUCUGGUGUCUACUGGCAGUGGGACAUCAUGCGGGUAGUCUGGGUGUUUGGGCUGCACGUCUCCGCUGUCCUCCACAUCGUCCGGGUUUGCAGGGCUGGUUCGAUGGCUGCCAUGCCUGUUUUAAAGAGAGAGACAAGAGUAUGCUAA